CGCAGUUAAUAACAGAGGAUUUCACCUCUAUUAACAAUAAAUACGCGCAUGAUAAAAGUUAUCGAUUAUUCGGAGGCAAAGCCGAAGUUGUGCGCCUGCUUAUUCCCACGCUCCUGUUGUUGUUUGCGUCUCAUCGUUCGCAUUUAUUCUAGGAGACACGCAUGCUCACAGUUUAUUCUAGUUAGCCGUGUUAUUAUCCCACAGAUGCUGCUGCUCUAAACCUGCAAUCUUGUUUUUUUUUUUUUCUUUUUUUUUUGUGGCCUUCGCUGUAAUCUGGGAGGUCUGGAGGGACGCAAACACAACGUGGUCCACCCCGACCCCAUUGUUUCUCUCCGGCCACCCCAGCAACACAUAAGGCUUGAGAGAGUACUUCUGCAAAUUUGGCGAGGUGAAGGAGUGCAUGGUGAUGCGGGAUCCCGUUACCAAGCGGUCGAGGGGGUUCGGCUUCGUUACAUACGCAGAUCAGGCCGGUGUGGAAAAGGUUUUGGCACAAAACAGACAUGAAUUGGAUUCCAAAACGAUCGACCCAAAGGUGGCGUUUCCCCGCCGGGCUCAGCCUAAGCUUGUGACCAGGACAAAGAAGAUCUUUGUCGGAGGACUUUCAGUCAAUACCACCAUCGAAGAUGUGAAGCAAUACUUUGAUCAGUUUGGAAAGGUCGACGAUGCUAUGCUCAUGUUCGACAAAACGACCAACAGACACAGAGGUUUCGGUUUUGUCACUUUUGAAAAUGAAGACGUGGUUGAGAAAGUUUGUGAGAUCCAUUUCCACGAGAUCAACAACAAAAUGGUGGAGUGUAAGAAAGCCCAGCCCAAAGAAGUAAUGACGCCGACGGGCUCCGCCAGAGGCCGCUCCAGAGUGAUGCCUUAUGGGAUGGACACCUUCAUGCUGGGCAUCGGCAUGUUGGGCUACCCAGGUUUUCAGACUACUACCUACACCAGCCGCAGCUACUCUGGAAUAGCACCCGGAUACACUUACCAGUUCCCAGAGUUCCACUUAGAGCGGACCCCCCUUCUGACAUCAUCCCACCCCCCUGAGCUGGCAGCCAUUCCCCUCACUGCAUACGGACCAAUGGCGGCGGCGGCGGCGGCAGCAGUAGUCAGGGGCUCCACCCCUUCUCGCACAGCUGGCUUCCUGGGCACCAGCAGCCCGGGACCAAUGGCCGACCUGUACGCUGCGGCCAACCAAGACUCAGGAGUCAGCAGCUACAUCAGUGCCGCUAGCCCCGUCCCCAGCACAGGGUUUGGCCAUGGUCUAGGGGGUCCUCUGAUCGCCACUGCGUUCACUAAUGGCUACCACUGAGGAGGCUCAGGUCACAGAGGAUCGGAGGGCUCCUCCUCUGUCUGCUGUUGUGCCAAUCAGAACGCUGGCUGCCCCUUGACGGCGCAAUCUGAUUGGCUGGCCACGGGUCUCCAGCGGGAUGUCCUGGCACCACGUGGCUCCACCCACCGACUGAAGAUCUUUUUAAAAACCAGAACUCUUGUUUUGCUGUACUAAUCUCACUUCGACAUAACGUUCCCGGUUCUUCUUCUUCUUCUUCUUCUUUUUUUUUUUCGUCCUCAUGUAGAGCAACACACUAGUUCCCGCACAUCCCACCACCGUCUUUCCUCAGUUACCAUUUCUUUCUUCUAUUGAAGCUGAGAGGAGGAAUCUGAAAAAAAAAAAAAAAAAAAAGUUUGAGAAGCUGUUGGAGUAGGACAAAGUGGAACUGUUUUGAUUUAUUUUUUAAAUGAUUUUAUUAUAAUGUGAUGUGUUAUUUUAUCAUGAAAUUGUUCAGAAGCUGUUACUGAUGUGGUAAAAAAAACAAAAAAACGUGUGAGAUGGGGGCAUUUUUAACAAAGGAAGAACAAACCCGACAAAAAGUCCUUUUUUACGCUGAAACUGUCACUGAAAACACAGAUGAAAAAACAAAACAAAAAAAACAAAAAAAAACAACAAAAAUGUAUAUUUUGGUAGUCUUUAAAAACAAAAACCUUUGUAAUAUUGUUAUUAAUAUUGACAUAAUAAUGAUAAUCUGUAAGGUAUUUUAUUCUGUAAUUGGUUUAAAAGCAAUGUUUUUAUGUCUUCCUGUAAGAUAUUGUACAUAGAGGCAGUGGGGGGAGGAGGGGGGGGGGGGCCGGAUGGACGGCGGAUUCUCAUUGGUUGGUUUUGACUGGAUGUCAUGUGCUACUGUCUGCAAGCAUCUCACUACUUUAACAGCAUGCAUGUGGUUAAAUGUGCAUACUGUGGGGCCAGUACGCUCCUGUGUCACUUCAGCGCGGUGCUGAAAUUCGCACGUUUAGGAGUUUAUCUGGUGUAUUUUCUCCAUUAACUGUCCAAAUCAUCCCUUUGUUUUUUUUUUUAUUUUUGCUUUACUUUACUAAGAGUCCAAAGUUUGACUCGUCCGUCUUCACGCAACUUAAGUUAAACACAAUGGACUUCAGGAAUAAAGGAAAAAUAUCACCUUAAAGCAAUAGAAGAAGCAGUGCAGGGCUAAAGUACAUUCAUUAGGAUCUUAUUUGGCAUAUUUUUUCUUUUCUUUUUUUUUUUCUUUUUUUUUGGUUACUAACAGACUUGUCACUUCUCGGCCUGUCUGAAAUAAAUCCAAGGGUCGUAAAACGAAUAAUAACUUUACAGCAAGUUGCUAUUUUUUUAAAAUCGUAUCUGGCAUAUUUACCCUUUUAAUGAAGAAAGUCGUCCCUUUUUAUCGCUUUGCUCCUUCAAAAAUGCGAGCUGGACUUCUUUACAAAUCAGUAACCAUCUUAAAGCUGUAGAAAAUGCUUUGUGGCGGAUUGCUAUUCACAACAAUUCAAGGAGUUGACAUGUUUGCAAAGUCACCACCUUUUCUUUUCUGUACUUCCUUAAAACGCGCGUUUGCAUUUUGCAUAUUCACGACGCUUGUUUUAGUUAAACACAACACACUUAUGGAAGAAUAACCUUGAAGCAGGAUUCAAAUGAAAGUACAGUGCCGUGAUCCUCAAGUGCAUUUUCAGGAUAACUUUUAGGCAUAUUUGCUCCAUUAGUCAAUCAAGUCGUCUGUUUUCCACUUUACUUCUUCAGACAUGCAAGUUUGACUCUUGCAUCUUCAUGCUACCUGUUUCAGCGAAACACAACAGACUUGUGGAAAGAGUAACAACCGUAAAGCAGGAGAAACUAGGGAUUCAGGGGGGUAAGAGGGGUUCGGCUUGACUUCCUCUUUUUGAAAAUAUUAUAUAUAUAUUUUUUGAGCGGUUCUCUUAAUGUUUCUGUUUUUCUGCUCUCUUAUUGAAAUAAAUGUUUCUUUUUAUGCGGUGUUUUCCACCGAGACGACAAAUGAAGGACAUUCUCAGAGAACGCAGUUGUAAAAAAAAAAAAAAAAAA